UAAUUCACUUCAAAUAUCUUCACAGACAAACAAAAAAGGAAAAAUGGCAUCACCACUUCUGAAACUGACGUGUCUGGUCUUGGUGGUGGCGGCGGCAUGGCCAGCUACGGAGGCUGCACUGAGCUGUGGAACGGUGGCGAGCAAGCUGGCGCCAUGCGUAAGCUACCUGACCAGAGGAGGAGCGGUCCAACCGCAGUGCUGCGCUGGCAUCCGAGGGUUGGCUGCCAUGGCUCGAACCACUGUGGACCGGCGACAGGCUUGUAGGUGCAUGCAGAACGCUGCCAGAGGGAUGGGUAACGUUAACGCCGGACGCGCGGCUGCUCUUCCCCGCGUUUGCCGCGUUAAGAUUCCUUACCCUAUUAGCCUCUCCACCAACUGCAACAAUGUGAAGUGAAGCUCAGUAAAAGCCAAAACGGAGGAGGAGAAGAGUGAGUAACGCUUGAAGAAUAAAAUGGUGCAUUGGUUUGCGUGUGUUUCUUCCUUUACGAGUUUUUAAGAGGAGAUUUUGUAUUUAAAGCAAAAUCAUACAAAAUGUUUGGAAUAAUAAUAUUAUUAAUAAUAAUUCGAGUAUUUUUAUUUUAUA